AUGCGUGCGUUCGAAUCUGCCUUCACAACCUUUGCCUGCUUGGCCCAUAUUUGCAUGACAAAUGCAUUGUCCUUCACUCAGUGGCCAGGUGUCAUCCAUACUGGUGAAGACAAUACCGUAAAGUGGAUCGGUGACCCUAAUCUUCCCACGACAAUUACCCUUCGUAGGGGUGCGGCAAACAACCUUAGCGAUGUGGAUGUCCUUACGCGUGAUGCCCGUGGAAAUGAAUACACUUGGAAGGCCAGUGAUGACCUGCAGGAUGGCUCAGAUUAUGCUCUACAAAUCCAACAAAAUGAAGAAAUCAACUAUACUGGGCAUAUAACUGUCGAGCAUCCCAACGGCCAAGCACCGUCUUCAAAAGGGCCGCCUCCCGAUGAUGACCCCGACUCAGAUUUUAGCACAGCUCCGCAUAACGCGACAACGGGUGUCGCAAAAGGUAAUAAUGCGACUUCUACCGUUCCACAUAUCAGACAUGAUGAUAAACCAAGUACCGGUAAUAACCACACUUCCAAUAAAGGUACCGUGUCUUCUAAGACGCAGUCAGACGAUGCGUCUCUUCGCAACUGGUCGCCGAACUUGAUCCUGGCCGUCGUCGCUAUCUUGUACAUCAACUAUUAG